UUUUGACAAUAUAAAAAUGGAAAAAGUAGAUAGACUUCAGUUGGAAGCACUUGAGUCUAUUCGUCUGUUUAUUAAAUCAAAAACAUGUUAUGAUGUGUUGCCAGUGAGUUUUCGGAUGAUUGUUCUAGAUACAGAGCUUUUAGUUAAGAAAAGUCUGACGAUUUUGUUUCAGAAUAAUAUUGUUUCUGCGCCUUUAUGGAAUAUGAAAACAUGUACUUUUGCGGGUUUAUUGACGGUUUCUGAUUUUAUUAAUGUAAUUCAAUAUUUUCAUCAAAACGCAUCAUAUUCUCAGACGUUAGAAGAUAUUGAAAAAUUGAAGUUAGAUGGUUUAAGAGAUAUUGAAAAAAGUAUCAAUGCUCCACCCUUGGAAACAAUUUCAAUCAAUCCCAUGCGAAGUCUUUAUGAAGCAUGUGAAAGAAUUAGGUUGACAAAAGCAAAACGGAUUCCUUUGAUUGAUCAUGAUGAUGAAACAUAUCAUGAAGUAGUUGUCAGUGUUUUAACACAAUACCGUAUAUUGAAGUUUGUUGCCUUAAAUUGUUAUAAAGAGACGAAAAUGCUUCGAAAGCCAUUGUGUGAUUUAUCAAUUGGAACUUAUGAAGACCUUGCAACUGCUAGUAUGGAUACACCUGUCAUUGAUGUAAUUUAUCUUUUAGCUAAGAGAGGAAUAUCAAGCGUUCCUAUUUUAGAUUCAGAUGGUAUUAUAUUGAAUAUAUAUGAGGCAAUAGAUGCUUUGCAUUUGAUUCAAUCUGGCUCAUAUUAUGAUUUGGAGCUCACCGUUGGUGAAGCUUUAUUACGACGCUCUGAAGAUUUUGGCGGAGUUCAUACGUGUACAGAUCAAGAUAGCUUGGAUGGUAUUUUUGAUGUUAUCAGAAGGUCUAGGAUUCAUCGAUUAAUUGUUGUGGACAAAAAUGGAUGUUUAAAGGGUUUGGUAACCUUAUCUGAUAUUUUACAAUAUAUUAUGGUUGAAGAAAUACCGAGUCAAUGA